CGGUUAAAAGCAAGAAACCUCAUUUUAUACUUUAUCUCAAGCUCUCUCUGUGUGUUGCUGUCUGCCCCCACUGCUGGUCCCCUCCUCCUUUACAUAAGAAGAUGUGCACUAGCGCCUCUGCUAAAAACAUAUAUUAUUCUGAUAAAUAUUACGAUGACACUUAUGAGUACAGACACGUCAUGCUGCCCAAGGACAUUGCAAAACUUGUUCCAAGACAGAAGCUAAUGACGGAAGGAGAGUGGAGAAGACUUGGGGUCCAGCAGUCUCAAGGCUGGGUCCAUUACAUGUUUCAUAAUCCAGAGCCCCAUAUUCUAUUGUUUAGACGACCAAUCACGGACCCCGAGGCGGCUAGGAGGGCCAGGGAGAGCGAGGCCACUGCUCAAUGAUGAUCCAAUUU